GCGCCGUGUCGAGGUGUGAGCCUGUGAGAGAGCUCGGGACUCGUUCCUCAUUGGCCCCCUGAACGCUGCGUUGAAUAGACGUCACUUUGUGCCCGCGUCCCAAAACACUCUUACCAAGAUGCCCAACUGCCCAAAGUGUGACAAACCGGUGUAUUUUGCGGAAAGGAAGACCUCGCUGGGUAAGGACUGGCAUUCUUUCUGCCUCAAGUGUGAGAAGUGCAACAAGACCCUGACCCCUGGAAGUCACUCGGAGCAUCAGAGCAAACCUUACUGUACUACCCCAUGUUACGGAGCUCUCUUCGGCCCUGGAGGUUAUGGUCGUGGAGGCACUGAGAGCUUCACCUAUAAGAAAUAGAUCGACUCUUCUUCAUGUAACUCCCAGAUGUCCAGCGCCGCCCACACCGCCCAUACUGACCCAUCCACACUACCCAUACUGACCCAUCCACACUACCCAUACUAACCCAUCCACACUAC